AUGGUAAGUAGCGAUAUAUAUUUCUAUCUAUCUAUCUAUCUAUCUAUCUAUCUAUCUAUCUAUCUAUCUUCUUUUUCAAACUUUCAUUCACAUUUUUUCUUCUACUUACCGUUUAAUUUAUUCUUUUCUUUCUCUCCUUUUGAUUUUCACCCUCCCUGUCUCUUUUCUCACUUUCGUUUCUUUUCUCUUUCUCGUAGACUUUCUCCUAAUGUCUUUCUUUCAAGUAGUUUCUCUUUUAUAUUUAAUAUCUCAUUGCUUUCUUUUUUAUUCUAUUUGUUCGUCUCCACUCUGUCCAUCUCUCUUUUAUUUUUUUUUAUUUUCUUCCCAUCGCUUUCUCUAUACUUCUUUCACUUUUCUUCAGAUUAUUACUUCUAUUUCGAAUUUGUUUCCCAUCCUUUCUUCAUCGAUCCCCUCCUCUCUCUCUCUCCCUAUCCCCCUCUCUCUCUCUCUCUAUCUAUCUAUCUUGUAUCUAUCUUGUUCACUCUUUCCAUUUCUCUCAUUUUAUUUCAAUUUCUUGCAAAUCGAUGCGACUUGGCUUUUCUGUUUCUCUAA